AUGUGCUCCAACAACAACAACAACCCCAACCGCAAGAACAUCUGGGGCUACACCUUCAACUGGACCCCUUCCCACCUCACUUCCACCGACCUCCACCCUCUCACCCUCUCCUACGACAAACUGACCGAUGACUGUCUAGACGAAAUCGACGCCCUCGGACUUCUCUCUUCCUCCUCCUCUUCCUCCUCCUCAUCCAAGUCCUCCCCUUCCCAAAAUAGCCAUCAAUGCCCCCUGCACCACUACCAACCCAUCGACUUCCUCCACCUCCUCCUAACCCACCACCCCUCCUCUCCCUCCCUCUCCACCCUCUGGACACACCUAACCACCAUCCCCGCCUGGGUCUCCUACCCGUCCAUCGUGCGCGGCCAAGCGGUCUUUUACCGACGGAGAUUACUGGAGACGUUUCAGCAUAUUUUGGAUGUUACUGAGGGGGUGGGGUCUAUGGACCCUAGUGGUGGUGGUGGUGGUGGUAAUCAUUGGGGUGACGAAAGUGGUAGUGAUGGGGGAAGGGGGUGGAAAAGUACGGUCCGAGGAUGGGAAUGGAGGAAAAGGAGGAAAAGGAGGAAGAGGAGAAAGAGGGUACUGGGACUCACGCAAAAAUGGGGAAUCCCAAUCAACGACCUAGACAGCAUCGCCACCAUUGCCUCCUUUUCCUCGGCCCUCAUCUGGAUGGGCCUACCCCGUCAAGGCAUCUUUUUGACCUCACCAGAGAUCGAGGAUUACUUGGCCUUGUGGCGGUACGUCGCUUAUCUGAUUGGCGUGCCCGACACCAUCACCAUCACUUUACCCUCUUCUUCCGGUGGGCAUGGGCAGCAGAAAAUCAUCAUACCCUUCGGAGGCGCCCAGGAGGCCAAGGUGGUGAUGGAGUCAAUCGUGCUUUUCGGAACUCAGCCAUCCCAGCGAGACGUCCGCCGUGCUGGCCAACAACAUCAUCGCCUCCUUGGCGAACCAGCCACCCCUGCGCAGCUCCGAGUCGUUCUUGCGGGCGCAGGCGUACUGGUUGAACGGCUCCAGUCUGUGCAAAGCCUUGCAUAUCCCGAAGCCGGGAGUGUGGCGCAUUAUCUUUUGUUGAAAUGGGUCCCGUCAUGGGGUGGUGGACCCCAGAAUGAUGGGACUGAAGAAGUUGUUACUGGGGAGGAAAGGUAUAAGAGGGUGAGAAGGUGGAUGAGGAGGAGCGUGGUUGUUGAGAUGGCAGGUGGGAAGGAGGCGGGGUUUGGGUUUGAGUGGGUGCCGGAAUGGGAAAAGUAUACGGGCUCUGAGAGGGGUGGGGAGGAGGGAGGAGGUGGGAAGGGGAAGAAGAAGAACGGGUUGGAGGGACUGGAUUGCUAG